AAUUUCACCCCAUUUCAUUUACAGUAAUGACGUGACGGAUUAUUCAACCAAAUAGCAGUGCUGCGAUAGAAAAUGAAUUCUUGAGAUGCAAAUUUAAUUAUUUUAGAGAGAGAAGGAGCGUGAAUCGGGCGAAAAACCGGUCGUGACUCAAGGGCUUUUUUUCUUUAAUUUCUGAUGACUAACACUCAUCAAACCAUGAUUGACGAAUCAAUUGAUCCAGGAGGGUUACAAAAUAGACGGAUUGGUGAUGAAGUCAGGGAUUCAAUUUUUCAUGAUGAACUAAUGGAAGAUUCACAGAUGAUUAUGGAGAAGACGAAUAGCUUGAAGGAAAAUAGGAAUAUCAAGAGUACUGAAGACAUGUGUGUCGAUAAAAUGGAUUCAGAGAGGAGUGGAAAUUCACAGGUUGGGGACAUAAAUUCUCAACAAAGAUUUACUAAACCUACCUCUUAUAGCGAUGCGUUCGUCAACUCAGAUUUGAAAUGGGAAAAAUGUUUUCAAGAGUGGGGUCUGAAAGAAUUGGAUAUAGAGAUGGAUGGAAGUAACACAUAUAUGACUGGUGUUGUUGAUGCUGUGGAUGGAAUACAAUCAAUCAGUUUAGACAUUGAGACUCAGAAGUGUAUCGUUCAGCCAUGGAAGCGAUGCUUAAUUGGUAAAGUUGUGGGAAAAACGGUAGGUUUCAAAUUUAUUUCUUAUAAGGUAAGCGAAUUAUGGAAGCCUACAUGUACAGACCAAGUUGUCAAUGUUGAGGCAAGUUUUGGCCCAUGGAUGAUGGUGGACAAAAGGAAUAACAAGGUCAGAGGGGGUGGUGUUAGUAUGGCAGCUCCAAAGGAGAAUAACAAAAGAGAUGUUGACAAGAACGUCGAGCCUAGUGGAGGUCCGAAAAAAUACUACAAGUGGUGACUCAGAUGGUCAGUGGUAGUUGGUUUCAAGAAAUAAAGGUAAUUGAAUAUAGGCGGCAGCAACAGAUUUGUUUCAUUGUCUGAACAAACUGGAAUAGAUAUGAAUGAACAUGAUAGUGAGAGGGUAAUAAAUGCCAGAAAUUAUAACAGUAGUCCACACAUAAAUACUAUAAGUGGUGGGAAUGUUAAAAGGUCGGAAAGGCAGUUACAAAUCAGAGGUGUAACUAAUGCUAGUGGAUCUGUGGCUAAUGAUGUUUUAUUAAGAGCAUAUCAGGGAAGGAAUUCGAACAGAAAGAGUGGUAACUCAAUUAAUUCUGGUAGUGGGGGUGUGUUAAAUGAUAGUCAGUUUAUUGUAAGUAAUCCUAUAAAUAAAUGGAAAGGAAAAAUGGUUAUCACUGAUAGCAAUGGAAGUAGAAAAUCAGAUGGAGGACAACAGGCAGUUUCAACAAAUUCUCUCUCAAGUCUAUCCAAGACCAUUGGAUGUUUCUUGGAUGGUGGAAGAUCUUCUUGUUCGAAGAGCUAGGGAGGAGCUGCUAGCAAUGACCAACCACUUGACAGAAAUAGUGAUAGAUCAAAAUAAAUCUAAUAUUAAUUUGAACCCAAACCACAAGAGCUUCAUAGAUUUUAUGGACAAUUUUUAUUUUGUAUGGUUUUCUUUUUUAAUCACAGCAUGCUAUUUUUUUCC